GUAAUAUUUCUUUAAAUCGGUUCUGAUUGGCGGUAGUUCACAGUAAUUGAGCGUGGAGAUGGUUCGUCAGUCGAGAUCUGAGUGGAAAGCUGGUUAUUUCAAAAAACUUGAGAAGCAUUUGUCAGAGUUCGAUAAGUGUUUUAUCGUCAAUGUAGACAAUGUCCGUUCCAAGCAAAUGCAACAAAUCAGAAUGGCGCUUCGAGGAAGUGCAGAGCUGGUGUUGGGGAAAAAUACGCUAAUAAGGAAAGUCAUUCAAAAACAAAUGGGUCAAGAUACUACUUUGGAAAAACUUUUGCCGCAUAUUCGGGACAACGUUGGAUUUGUCUUCACCAAUGGCGACCUAACAGAUAUUCGUGAAAAAAUUUUGAAAAACCGUGUCGAGGCACCAGCGAAAGCUGGUGCAAUCGCUCCAUGUGAUGUCAUCGUGCCAGCGCAAAACACUGGUCUAGGUCCAGAAAAGACAGCUUUUUUCCAAGCUCUUAGCAUACCGACGAAAAUUGCUAGAGGAGCAAUCGAAAUUAUUAAUGACGUCCAUCUGGUGCACAAAGAUGAAAAGGUCGGGAUGAGCGAAGCUACACUACUAGGAAUGUUGAAAAUUCAUCCGUUCACUUAUGGUUUAGUUAUCAAACAGGUGUUUGAACAAGGUUGCGUGUAUGAUCCUGCUGUUCUAGAUAUAACCCCCGAAAUGAUUUCCGAAAAAUUUGCUGCUAUUGUCCAGAAUAUUGCUUGUUUAAGCUUGGCUUUGGACUAUACAACACUUGCUAGCAUCCCACAUGUGCUCGCAAACGGCUUCAAAAACUUGUUGGCUUUGUCACUUAUGACAGAUUACUCGUUCAAAGAGGCCGAACAGAUAAAAGAGUUCCUAGCAGAUCCUUCUAAAUAUGCUACAGUCACUACAACGGUUGCCGCCGCACCGGCUUCAACUACUACAACCAAGGCAGAAGAAAAGGCUGCACCUGUUGAAGUGCCUUCUGAAGAAAGUGACGAUGACAUGGGAUUCGGUUUAUUUGAUUGAACAUUAAAUAAAUAGUUAACUGGUUUCAAGCCUUCUGACUGCUAUUCUUGACGGUUGCUAGGACUUCUUUGUCAGAUUUAUAAUGUUUGCUAGAUUCAAGCAUUGCGAUUCGUGGUGCGUACACCUGCGACCUUAAAUCAUAUCGAUGGAUUCAACCGUUCGAUCUGAUAGGUCGAUUCAAAAGCGAUUGCUAAUCCUGCCAUGUAGUCAAAAUGUCUUAGCAAAAUCAAAUCUAAAACAGUGAAAACAAGACAAUAGACGGUAGUCUUUACAGUGUUAACGGAAUCGAAGAUGGGAUUUUUCCAAGAAACGAAAUUGUUUUUCCUUUUAUAAGUGUUUCUAUUGUGAAUCGGAUUCACGAUGCCACAACAUAAGUUAGUGUGAAUUCAGAGGAUGAGAGUGAAAGGCUGAUACAACCAGGAUAGAUUUCGGUUCACUUGGAUUCCAGAAUUAUGGAAGGUAACAAAACAUUCAUUACAGAACUUAUAUAUUAUCUUCAUGUUAGAUUCCCUUCACAUUCCAGAAGCAAUACAAAUGUAUUAUAAUGAAAUCCCAAACUUUUCAAGCGAAUUUAUAGACUAUAAUUAUUUGCGGAUUCAAAGCUGUUUUAAGUAUUAUUUAGCAUUAUUGUACUGGACAGCGAUGUAUGCAAUCUAUUGUGCCACAUAUUCCAGAAUCAAAGAAAUAUAUAAAUGCCAUGAAGAUGAAAGUCCGAUCAACCAAGCGUGCCCGAGAAAAUAGUCGACAUCGUUCGGAAUUUAUACGACGGACUACACUGUAAAGUCGUACAUGGAGGACAGCUGAUAGAUGCAUUCCAAGUGAGGACCACAGUCACACAAGGCUGCAUACUCUCCCC